UGGCUGAUGGUGCUGCUGGACAUGCUCGUCGUGCUCUGCGGGCAGACCGUGGCCACCCUCCUCGGCCGCUACUACUACAACUCGGGCGGCAACAGCAAGUGGAUGGCGACGCUCACGCAGUCGGGCGGCUCGCCCCUGCUGGCCGUCCUCCUGCUCCUCACCCCGGCCGACCCCGUCGGCGAGCCGCGGCCGGCGGCGGCCAAGAUGGUGCCCAUCUACCUCGGGCUCGGCACCCUCAUCGGCUUCGACAACCUCAUGUACUCGUACGCGCUGCAGUACCUGCCCGUCUCCACCUUCGCGCUCGUCGCCGCCACGCAGCUGGCCUUCAACUCCGUCACCUCGCGCCUCAUCAACGCGCAGCGCUUCACGGCGCUGAUCGCCAACUCCGUCGUCGUGCUCACCUUCGCGGCGGCGCUGCUCGGCGUCGGCUCCUCCUCCGACGGCACCUCCGCCGCCGACCUGCCGCGGGGCAAGUACAUGCUGGGCUUCGUGCUCACGCUGGCGGCCUCCGCGGUGUUCGCGCUCAUCCUGUCGCUCUUCGAGGUCACCUUCGAGAGGGCGGUCGGCGGGAGGACGUUCCGGUGGGUGCUGCGGGUGCAGAUGUGCACCAACCUCGUGGCGGCGGCGGUGGCGGUGUGCGGGCUGCUGGCGUCGGGGGAGUGGAAGACGAUCCCGGGGGAGAUGUCGGCGUUCGAGGACGGGAGGGCGAGGUACGUGGCGACGCUGGCAGGAACGGCCGUAUCGUGGCAGGCCAUGUCGGUGGCGUCGCUGCGGCUCAUCACCAGGGUGUCGUCGCUGUUCGCCAACGUGACGGGCACCGUGUCGCUGCCGCUGGUGCCGGUGUUCGCCGUGGUGCUGUUCGGGGACCGGAUGACCGGGAUCAAGGCCGUCGCCAUGCUCAUGGCCUUCUGGGGGUUCCUCUCCUACGUCUACCAGCACUACCUCGACGGCCGGCGCGCCGCGGCACAAGGAGAAUGCUGCGUGUGCGCGGCGCGCGCGGGCGGCGAGGCCGUUUUGCCCGCCUGACACGUUGGUUGUGCUCAUGGCCAACCAAAGCUCAAAUUACAGUAGUGGAUGGUGUCCUAAUAGCAUUCUCUUUUUCUUUCAUUUUUCUUCUGAAUAUCAUCCCCACAUCCUGUUUGUUGGAGACUUAGAAUUCAGGUCAUGUUUAGACAAGCAUUUUACAAACCAGAGUAUCCGAAAAACACAGUAUUCCAACAAAAUGCCACAGCAAACAUCUAAGGGGGAUAUAUAUUACUCCUGCCAACAGAUCCAAGGGGAAAAUGACAUGAGAUCGUAUCAAUAGUUUUUACCGAGGCUUUGCUCAUUUGCUUGCAACAAAAGACAAGGAUA